AUGGCCCUCACCUGCGGCCGAGCCCUCCUCGCGCUGCUCGCCGUCUACGUGGCGAUCCUCUCGCACACGCUGCUCGAGCUCUUCUACCCGUCGCCGUGCCGCGGUGCCGCCUGUCUGCAGCCGCUGCUGCGCAGCGGCGCCGCCGUCGACCUGCAGGCGCACAUCGACGGGCGGCUCGUCUGGAGCGCAGCCGGUGUGAGCAGCGGCGCAGGCCUCGAGGACGUUGCGUUUGCUGUCCCGGUCCCGGCCGAGAGCGCCGCCUCCGCUUCCAGCGAGCAGAGCGGCGUCGCCGUCUCCAGCGAGCAGAGCGGCGUCGCCGUCUCCAGCGAGCAGAGCGGCGUCGCCGUCUCCAGCGAGCAGAGCGGCGUCGCCGUCUCCAGCGAGCAGAGCGGCGUCGCGCCGCCGAACGAGCGGGGCGAGGUGCCGCACUACCUCUAUGCGGCGGCGAGCCUCGAGCUGCGGCUGGUUGCCGACGAGACGCCGCACGCCGGGCCGGUGCUGCCGAGCGACGGGGCCGUGGUCGCGAACGGCGUGGACUGGUCUCGGCGCGUGUACGCGCCUCGGCUCUACGUCGACGAGCUCGGCCUGCUGGGCAAGCACGCGCUGCCUCUCUCGAGCGACGUGGGCAAGGAGCCUCCUCGGCUGCGGCUGCGGCUGCUGCCCAUCUCCCUCGGUCGGUACCGCGCCACGCGCCAGCUGCACACGGCGCUUGGCGCGCUGCAGGCGGCCAGCGGGAUGGAGGCAGCCGAGUUCGACGAGCUACGCGAGCUGCUCUCCGAGAAGCGCCUCUACCGCUUCGCGCUGAUGCAGCUGAUCGGGCUGCUCCACGUCGUCUUUGACGCGCUCGCCUUCCGGAACGACGUCGGCUUCUGGAAGGGGCGGGAGGACCUGAGGGGCCUGUCCUCGCGCGGCGUCAUCUUCAACGCGGGCUCCACGCUCGUCAUCUUCCUCUACCUGCUCGACGGCGACGGCGUCAACUCGAUCGUCCUCGCUACCUACGCCUUCUCCACCGCCCUCGAGCUUUGGAAGCUGACCAAGAUGAAGAGCGUCGCCCACCUGCCGUGGCGCGUCCUCGCGUACAAGGCCUUCAACACCUUCAUCGACGACGCCUUCGCGCUGAUGGUCGCGAUGCCGACCGCCCACCGCGUCGCCUGCCUGCGGGACGACCUCGUCUUCCUCGUCCUCCUCUACCAGCGCCGCCUCUACCCCGUGGACCGGAAGCGCGCCAAUGAGUUCGGCAUCGCGUACGAGCGGGACGAGGCGGACCAAAAGAGUUUUGAGUAA